AUGGGGGGAAAUCAGACCUCUGUCACAGAGUUCAUCCUACUGGGAUUUCCCCUCAGCCCAGGGAUUCAGAUGCUUCUCUUUGGGCUCUUCUCCCUCUUCUUUGUCUUCACCCUGCUGGGGAACAGGCUCAUCCUGGGGCUCAUCUCACUGGACUGCAGACUGCACACCCCCAUGUACUUCUUCCUCUCCCACCUGGCCAUCGUCGACAUAGCCUAUGCCUGCAACACGGUGCCCCAGAUGCUCGUGAACUUGCUGAAGCCAGGCAAGCCCAUCUCCUUCGCUGGCUGCUUGACACAGACCUUUCUCUUCUUGGCUUUUGCUCAUACUGAAUGUCUUCUCCUGGUGGUGAUGUCCUAUGAUCGGUAUGUGGCCAUCUGCCACCCCCUCCGAUAUUCUGCCGUCAUGAGCUGGAGUGUCUGUGUCACCCUGGUGCUGACUUCCUGGGUUUUAGGAGUCCUCCUGGCCCUAGUACACUUAGUGCUACUCAUACCAUUGCCCUUCUGUGGACCACAGAAAGUUAACCACUUCUUCUGUGAAAUUAUAGCUGUGUUCAAGCUUGCCUGUGCAGAUACCCACAUUAAUGAGAUUGUGGUUUUGGCUGGGGCAGUGUCUGUGCUGGUGGGACCAUUCUCCUCAAUUGUGAUAUCUUACAUUCAUAUUCUAGGUGCCAUCCUAAAGAUUCCAUCAGGGGAGGGGCGCCAGAAGGCCUUCUCCACCUGCUCCUCCCAUCUCUGUGUGGUUGGACUCUUUUACGGCACAGCCAUUAUAAUGUAUGUUGGGCCCAGGUAUGGGAACCCCAAGGAGCAGAAGAAAUAUCUCCUCCUAUUUCACAGCCUUUUCAAUCCCAUGCUCAACCCCCUGAUCUAUAGUCUGAGGAACAAAGAAGUCAAAGCUGCUCUGAAGAGGAUGCUUGAAAAAGAGAGAACUCCAUGA